AUGGCCACCGAUCGCGCCUCGGACGACCUGUCCGCGAAGCCGGAGCUCGACGGGCAGCUGCGGCAGAUCGAGACGGCCACUUCGGUCGACGAUCCCGAAUUCAAGCGGCGCGAGGCCCGCGUCGUCGCCAAGCUCGACAUGUACAUCUGCCCGAUCCUCAUCAUCCUCCAGCUCGUGUCCUUCCUCGACCGCGGCAACAUCGGCUUCGCCGCGACCCAGGGGAUGAUCGUCGACAUCAACCUCGUCGGCACCCAGCUCAACACGGCCAUCUCGCUCUUCUACCCGCUCUACAUCUUGUCCGAAUUCCCGGCAGCGCUGAUCGUGAAGAGGGUGGGCUUUAACCGCGUCAUUCCGUCGGCCGCGAUGUGCUGGGGCCUGGUGUGCUUGGGAAACGGGUUCGUGAGGAAUUUCGGGGACCUGGCGGCGUGCCGCCUGUUGAUGGGCAUGUUCGAAGGGUUCUUGAUGCCUAGUCUCACGCUCAUGCUGGCGAACUGGUAUAAGAGAGACGAAAUCGGCCUUCGGAUCAGUUACCUCUUCAUCGCCGCGGCUAUCUCCAGCGCAUUUAGCGGUCUGAUCGCGUUCGCUAUCCUGUUUAUGGACGGCACGGCAGGGUAUCCGGGAUGGCGAUGGUUGUAUAUCAUCGAGGGCGCCGUGACGAUCGUUAUCGCUGCUCUGUGUUACUUUGUCAUCCCGACGUCGUACACCACGGCAUACUUCCUUAACGAGGACGACCGGGCCAUAAUGAGGAAGCGCGCCGAGAUCACGGAGGCGUACAGCGGAGGACGGGGACACUACACGCGCGCCGAAUUCAUGAUGGCCGUCAAGGACGUCAAGACCUGGCUACACACCAUCAUCCAGGUCAUGUGCCUCACCGUUAUGUACGGCUUCAGCGUCUUCCUGCCCAUCAUCUUGCGCUUCGGCUUCAACUUCAGCGUCAAGGAGUCGCAGUAUCUGAGCAUCCCCGUCUUCUUCUGGGGCUCGAUCGUCUACGCGAUAUGCGGGUACCUGUCGGACCGGUUCUCGCGGCGGUUCCUGGCCUGCAUCCUGUGCGCGCCGCUCGGCGUGGUCGGCUACGCGAUGCUCCUCGGCGGCAACCACCUCAGCGUCGGCGUCAAGUACUUCGCCUGCUUCCUGAUCGCCACCUGCGUCUGGAUGAUGGGCGGCGCCAACGUGGCCUGGCUUUCGACCAACACCGCGCCCGACGGGAAGCGCGCAGCGAGUCUCGGCAUGGCCCUGGCCGUGGGCAACCUCGGAGGCAUCAUCUCGGGCCAGAUCUACCCGCAGACGAUGGCCCCCGCGUACACUCUGGGACAUGCCUGGAGUCUGGGCGCGAUCGUCAUCUCCUUCUGCUUGUGGUGGGUGGUCAGACACGUAUACUACGCGCGGGAGGCGCUCAAGGGGCAGAUGCGGGAGGGGGCCGUGCCCGAGCCGGAACUGUUCAACGACAGGGCGCCGAGCUACAAAUACCAGCAUUAA